AGUAGUUCUGGAAUCGGGGAGGGGAUCACUAAACUCUUCUCUAUAUUAGGGGCCAAUGUUGUGGUCACCGGUAGGAAAGAGUCUGAAGUCCAGAGAGUUGCCAAAGAAGUGCAGGAAUUGUCGCCAAAGAAACUAAAACCAUUAGAAGUGGUCGGAGAUCUCACCAAAACUGAAUUCAUCAACACUUUGAUCGCAAAUACUAUUAAAACGUUUGGAAAGUUAGAUGUUUUGGUGAACAACGCCGGUAUAUAUCCGACGACAAACAUCACCCAAAAAGACUUAAUGCAAGUCUGGGAUCAGGUCUUCGCCAUAGACUUGAGAGCAGUCGUCGAACUAAUCCACGAAUCGGUUCCACAUUUGGAGAAAACUAACGGAACUAUCAUUGAUAUCUCGGGUAAUGGCGCCAUUUCACCGUAUAUCCAUACCUUAACCUUUGCAACGGCAAAAGCCGGCUUAGAUAUGAUGACUCGAAUACUGGCCCUCGAAUUGGGACCCAAAGGCAUUCGUGUCAACACUUUGAGCCCGGGACCUACACAAACGACAGAUAAGGUGGAUCCUCUGCUAAAGAAAAUAACACCAUUGCAUAGAGUGGGACAACCAUUAGGACAAAUAUUAGAUGUCGCCAAAGGAGUGGUAUUCCUGGCCUCAAGUGAUGCCUCAUUCAUAACCGGCGCUACUCUGGUGGUCGAUGGCGGGGAGUGUAACAUAACGGACAUUGGUAAAAUUUGUGCGGAUUUUGAUAUCAAAGACUAUAAAGAUGUGAUAAAUUCACGAAACUUUACGGGAAAAGUAGUUUUGGUGACCGGAAGUAGUUCUGGAAUCGGGGAGGGGAUCACUAAACUCUUCUCUAUAUUAGGGGCCAAUGUUGUGGUCACCGGUAGGAAAGAAGCGGAUGUCCAGAGAGUUUCCAAAGAGGUUCAGGAAUUAUCACCAAAGAAACUAAAGCCAUUAGAAGUGGUCGGAGAUCUCACCAAAACUGAAGACAUCAACACUUUGAUCUCAAAUACUAUCAAAACAUUUGGAAAAUUAGAUGUUUUGGUGAACAACGCCGGUAUAAUGACGCCCACAAACAUCACUCAAACAGACUUAAUUCAAGUUUGGGAUCAGAUCUUCGCCGUAGACUUGAGGGCAGUCGUCGAACUGAUCCACGAAUCGGUUCCACAUUUGGAGAAAACUAACGGAACUAUUAUUCAAAUCUCGAGUAAUUUAGGCAUAGCUCCGUACAAACCAAGCCUGGCCUACGGGACGGCAAAAGCGGCCUUAGAUAUGAUGACUCGAGUACUGGCCCUUGAAUUGGGACCCAAAGGCAUUCGUGUCAAUACAUUGAAUCCGGGCUCAACACAAACCACUGAUAAGGUGGACCCUACAUAUGAAAAGGCAAAGGGUUUCACACCACUUAAACGAUUAGGACAACCAUUAGAUAUGGCGAAAGGGGUGGCAUUCCUGGCCUCAAGUGAUGCCUCAUUCAUAACCGGCGCUAAUCUGGUGGUCGACGGCGGACUUGUCUAUAAUAUCGGCGCUUUUAAUACUUUA